UCCGGAAAGAAACCCGCUUUUCAUUUUCUCUCUCCCCAAACAUCACUUCUCUCUCACUCUACGCAUAAUCUAUAUAUCUAUCUAUGCCUUUUAUUUUUCAUUCUAUAUAUACAUUCAUAGAUCUCGCCAUUUCUUUUCCUUCCUCAUUUUACACCUUAGGCUAACACUGAUUAACAUUCCAAAAAGGAAAAAGGAACAGAGGAGGGGAGUACUGGGGUUUUUAAGGGAAGGGAAAGAUCGGUUAGAGGAAAAAUGGGUUCGGUUCGACAUGAACUGAGCUUGGAUUUUAGACCCACUUUUGUACCCAAAACGAUCACUGAUUUUCUCAAGGAGAUUUCCAUGAUCGGAAACGUUUCCGAGAAGCUUUCCAAACUCGAUGGUUUUGUCAAGCUAUUGGAGGAGGAAAUGAGGAAGAUCGAUGCCUUUAAGCGCGAGCUUCCUUAUUGCAUGCUCCUCUUGAAUGACGCAAUUCUAGUUUUGAAGGAAGAAUCGAUACAAUGUGCGGCGAGAAAUGCUCAACCAGUGUUGGAAGAAUUCAUUCCUUUGAAGAAGAACGACAACAAUGGUGAUGAAGGUGGCUCAUCAGUCAACACCAAAAAUGAAAAAGAGUUCAACAGCAAUAAUAAAGACAAGAAGAAUUGGAUGAGUUCUGUUCAGCUGUGGAACAGUGAUGAUGAUUUUCGCUCCAAUGAUCAGAAACCAGAAACUAAGCAGAAGAAUGAUGAAGAUCCGUUCCAAGGAUGUAAGGACAGGGGAGAAGUCAGGGAGUUUACGCCAUUUAAGGCAUAUUCUGUUCUUGCACCAAGGAAGGAGGAGAAAGAGUUAUUGUCAGUUCCUGGUCUCACGCUCUUGACUCCUGGAAUCAUGAAUCUGAAGGAGGAAUCUGGUUCCUCCCCCUCAAGAGCUAGUUCCAGCCAAGCAGUUUCCUCUUCUGGGCCACAGCCACCACAGCAGCAGACUGCUAGGAAACAGAGGAGGUGUUGGUCACCAGAGUUGCAUCGCCGGUUUGUCAGUGCCUUGCAGCAGCUGGGAGGCUCCCAAGUUGCUACUCCAAAGCAAAUAAGAGAACUCAUGCAAGUAGAUGGCUUGACCAAUGAUGAAGUGAAGAGUCAUCUUCAGAAAUACAGACUUCACACACGAAGGUUGCCAUCUGCCACAACCACACCUGCUGUUCUGGGGAGUAGUCUAUGGCUGUCCCAACAACAAUAUGGUGAGUCCUCAAAGGGGAAUGUUUCCCAAUCUGGUUCACCCGAAGGUCCCCUCCAGUUGACCGCAAACACUGGAGGCGACAGCAUGGAAGAUGAAGAAGAUGCAAAGUCCGAGAGCUAUAGCUGGAAAAGCCAUGUUCACAAACCCAGAAAAAUUGCUGUAUAGAGAGUUUAUCCACCAUGAAUUUUGCAGAUAUUAAAGUAUACAUGGGAGGAGUUUACCGCUAUAAGAACUAUACCUAUAUAAUACAUAAAGAAGGACUAAGAAAAGAGAUGCAAGAGAGGCUAUGGAAUUUUGCUGGAUUAGCUUUCCUUCUAUCUUUAUUUUAGUUUUGUUUUCUCCCAUAUCCGGUACAAGAGUUGGGUUGACAUAAUGAUCCAUAUUUCCAUGGAAGAAACACCCAGUGUUGUUCCCGUAUCAUAAAGCUCUUAGCUCCUCCCCUGCUUCAUUACAUGAACUUAUGUUUUGCAGUUGAUUUUCUACCAUUUUCAGGUAUCCUCAGUAUCCUAGAAAUUUUGGUUAUGCCUCAGGAAAUCCAUUCAUUUCUCCUAUCUGUUUACAUUGAGUCUGUUGAGAUAUGACCCUCUUAAGUUUCUUGACGAAAAUGACCAAGUUUGGUGGAACUUUCAUGGAGAAAAAGUCGUACCAAUGCUUUAUCCUGAGGAGAAAUAAAGGAAGGAACAUUAAGACUGUCCAGCUAACAUUCCACCAAAAAAAUUAGUUGUAUGAUUCUAGGUUCUCUCUAAUCUUUGCAUUAUCCCAUGUUUUAUUUUGAU